GAGCCAGAGCUAGGACUCCUGUGCUCCUUUUCACAUCUGCAGCCCGAGACAGCCUGAGACCGUGCAAAGCAAGGCACGAUCUCCCAUUUCCAGCUCACUUAGCCUGUGCUCUAUCUUAUGGGCAUCUGCUACAGCCUGGCUAAGGCACAACUGAACCCGGCCAGCAGGAGAUUAAACUUAGGCGCCCCUUUGGACUAUAUCACCCCCAGAGGAGGGAGAGAAAGCGAAGGGAGCUGAGCAGAGAACUCCAACAGCACUGCAGGAUGUUCUGGAAACUUUCCCUCUCCUUGUUCCUGGUGGCAAUGCUGGUGAAGGUAGCCGAAGCUCGGAAAAACAGGCCCCCAGGAGCCAUCCCCUCCCCGUACAAGGACAGCAGCAGCAACAACUCGGAGAGGUGGCAACAUCAGAUGAAGGAAGUGCUGGCUUCUAGCCAGGAGGCCUUAGUUGUCACUGAGCGGAAAUAUCUGAAGAGCGAUUGGUGUAAGACCCAGCCCCUGAGACAGACGGUCAGCGAAGAAGGCUGUCGGAGCAGGACCAUUCUCAACCGCUUCUGUUAUGGCCAGUGCAAUUCCUUCUACAUCCCUCGGCAUGUGAAGAAAGAGGAAGAGUCCUUCCAGUCCUGUGCCUUCUGUAAGCCCCAGCGGGUCACUUCGGUCCUGGUAGAACUAGAGUGCCCAGGGCAGGACCCGCCCUAUCGACACAAAAAGAUCCAGAAAGUAAAGCAGUGUCGGUGCAUGUCUGUGAACCUCAGUGACUCAGACAAGCAGUGAACGGCCACAGUGGCAGGAUGCUGCUCAGCAUUUAGGGGGGACCCCUCAGCCCACCUCCUGUCAGAUUUGCUGCUGCCUCUAUCCCUUUUCCUCUGAGCAGAUUCACGCACUGGCUGGUCCCUUCCCUUUCAAGCAGGCAGUUCUCUCGGGGGAUGCAGGUUUCCGUGUCACCGUGACCGGAAAUAGAAGCUUGGCUUAUGUGUUCCCAGGUGCCCCUUGGCAAGAUUCCUGCAUCCAAGACCAGGCUGUGAAGCAAGCCCUAAGGAAGAAGAUGGAAAACAGGCGCCAACCAAAAAGAAAGAAAGAAAUUGGAAGGAUAUUUUAGGUGAUGCACUGUUAAAUCCAGCAUUAAUGUUUCCACUGUGUGGGAAAAAGAAAAGAAAAGAAAUUUAUCUCUUUUUCAACCCUACACUCCAACCAUAACCACGUGAAGUGAAAGAUGUCUCUAUGGCUUCACUGUCACUGGAUUUCCCAACUGGGAGCUUUUCACUUUGUGGAUUUCAUGCCACCACUGCUGCCUGAGGCUGUGAUGUAGACAAGCACAUGGUUCAAAUAAAAACAAAACCAAAUUAUGGGGAGACUCUUGACAAGCCUGAUUACAAGAAGACGCUGGGAGUCCUUUGAACCAAUGAUUUGGCUUCCCUAGGGGACUUUGCUCAAGUCAUAGGAUCUUAUGAUCAUAGUUCUAGAGCUGGAAGGGACCUUUCAGGUCAUCUAGUCCAAUCCUCUUAUUUGACAAACGGGGAAACUGAGACUGGGAGAGGCAAAGCAAUUAAGCUGAGGUCACACACACUAGUUCAUGUUAGAGGCAGGUCUUGAAUACGGGUCUCUGACUCCAGAUUCACUGUACCACACUGCCUUCUCCUUCCCACCCUAAAGCAUGGGUUGGUGUCCGCUUCCUCGAAUUUUUGUUGUUGUUUCCCUUCCCCCCCAUUCAUGGACUUGAGACAGAUUUUGGUUUUGCAUGCUUUGUUGCUGCAAUUAGAAUAUUAUUACACACAAAGGUCUCUACAUUAACGCUGGUUUUUUAUAAUCAACCUGUAGUAAAGAGCUGUUAAAAGUAUAAUCAUCCUAUCCACGUAUUGUUUCAUGUGUCAAUUUUGACUGGCAUUGGAUGACAAUUCUGAGUAAACACCAAGUUGCUGGGGUGGAAAUCCUCCUCCACAUAGACCAGCUUCCUGGUAGUUAGAGGUGCAGAAGCUUGCGACUCAGAAACAUUUCCCCGUCAGCCAUUCAUUGCUAAAUAUCUAUGCUUGGGGAUGGGGAGGGUGGGGGAAACACUAAUUUCACUUAAGAUACUAGAGCAUCUUGGCACAGGGUGGGGGGAGGGCAGGAUUAGGGCAAGAAUGAAUUAGGUUAUUUGUCAAGUUGAAGAAUAAAAGCCCUCUUUACUUUUAAGGUGUUUAGAUACAAGAAAGAACACUAUUUUCACUGCCAUGACACUAAGCACAGACCUUUCCUGCUAAAAAGAAAGGGGAAAUUAAGAGACAAAGGAUUUGGGAUAUUUUUCUAUGCAGAGAGAAAUGAACAAUGGAAUGCAUCCAAUUAAAACUAAGUUAAGCCAUUAAAUCAGGGAUUCUUAACCCUUUUUUACAUGUCAUGGACCUCUUUGACAUUCUAAUGAAGCCUAUACAUUUCCCCAGCAUAAAUAUUGCUUUAAAAGAAUAAUGAAAGGAAAUACUAAAUUUCAGUUGGAGAUUUGUAAAAAUUUAAACAAAAAUACCACUUUGGGCAGCUAGGGAGCGCAAUGGAUAAAGCACAGGCCCUGGAUUCAGGAGGACCUGAGCUCAAAUAUGACCUCAUAUACUUGACACUUACUAGCUGUGUGACCUUGGGCAAGUCACUUAACCCUCAUUGCCCCGCCCCCCCAAAAUGACCCUUCAUCUUCAGGAAUACCCUGAAAUUUAUCCACAGGCCCCUCCGGAGUCCAAAGAUUCCAGAUUAGGAACCCUUCUAUUAAAGACUACAUGCAUGGGAGUUCCAGGGACAAAGUUUUAACUUUUCACAAAUGGGCCCUCAUCUUCACAGUGACAUAUCCAAUUUUUUGCAUUAGUCAGUUGACUAAAAAAAGUUUAGGUAACUGAAAUGAUUCAUUUAAGUUCAGCAAAUGCUUAUUAAGUGCCUAUUUACUUACAAGCUACCACAGUAGGCAGUGGAGUUACAAAGACAAAACAAAUGAAAUAUUUUUUCAAAAAGAUGUUUUCAGAAUAUGAGGUCCCCGGCCUCAAGUAACUGAUUGACAUCCUACAGGUUCUUUUUUUUUCGAUUGCAGCAAUAGCCUGUUUUGCUUUGUGAGAAAGAGGAUUUAUAAAAUCUUAUAGGGGGGACAGAAUUGCAUGUUUAUUAGACUCUACAUCCUCUGAAACAAUUUAGAGUCAUUUCUCAAGAAGUGACCCUCUUAUUCCCCUAAGAUUAAAUUGUUAAGAGACUCCUGUUAAGGAGGUUCACAAUGGCUCAGUUCCCUGAUCCAUGCGCGAAAUACUCUGUAGGAAAGAAUGAGGGUUCAUUUCUUUCUGACAUUCACCUGUUGAUUUUAAAAGGGUCUUCACAGGAUUUCAGGGGGAGGCCUGGGGAGCUAGAAGUCAUUAGCCUGUUUCCUUUCCCAGCCUCACUUCUUUAAUGUUUAUUAAUGAUUCAUAUUUAUGAGGAUGGGGAAUGUGCUACUGAAAAGUUAGUUGGCUUCAGCACCUGCCUUUGACAUGCUUCUCAAUUAAAUAAGUGGUGGCCCUAAAGGGAGCAGCACUAAAUUACUAUCUUGGUGAAGGAAGCUGGGGAGUGGGGUGUGGGGGUAGAUGUAGGCAGGUGAGAGCAGCAGGGGGAGGAGGAUGGGCGAAUCCUACCUAACUGCAGAACUGACAUUCUUAUACUUAGUAAUGAAUUAAAAAUAAUUCUGAGAUUACGAAGGUCAGCAGAAAAGCUAUGUAAGGAAGGAGCUCUGAGGAACCUAAAAGGACAUCCUUGGGUGAUUCUCUCUUGCAAAGCCAAUCCCUGUGACCAAGUUAGCAGAUGAUCAUGCAGAUUAAGCUAUACAUAAACACAACACAAACGUGCACACUCUCCAGGGGUAUCAAUUAAAGCAAUAGGAUAUGCUGCAGUGUGAAGCCCUUUAUGGAGGUUAUCGUAUGUAAAAAUUAAGUUUACCUUAUAAUGGUUCAAACUGUAUUUAAUUGUUUGUGGUUUUUUUUUGUUUUACAAAUGAAGAAAAAAGCUAUAAGUAUAAUGUAAUUAUUUUAUAGGUGUACUAUUAAAUUAUAGAACAAAUAAAGAUAC